CGAAUCGCACCUCCUAGUUACAUGCUUAUAUUUAUAAGUUAUUGUGUUAAGAGUUUAGGAAAGUAUUGAUAACUGGUAAAAUUUAAGAUUUAUUAAUCCUCAAAUAUCCGAUUGAGAUAUUGGAAAAACUGAGUAUAACAAGAAAAAUAAGAUAACUUAUUUGUAUGAAAGGUGAGAUUCUGUGUUUGAGUAACACCUAGUUUUUCAGCUUACAAGUUACGCUACAGCGUACAGUGACAUUAGGAGCAAGUUUAAGUUAACGGUACAGUCGACACGUCAUGUGUUUCGAUUUUCGUUAAGCCUAAGUUUAUUUCAGACUUAAACGGUUUAGUUUGUUAGGGCUGAACACGUAAAAAAUGUACAUUUGUAUAUGAAUAUAUUUAUUUAUUUUAGGCCUACACAAAAAACGUAAGAAUGGAAACCUGUCAGUGAAACAUUGUAAACUGUAAUUGUAAAGCAUAAUAAUAUAUAAUAUUAUUAAUAAUAACAUUAGCAGUUGCCAAUAAUGGCAUUACUCACAAAUUAGUGUAUUCUCAUACAUUUGCACCGUGUUAUAGUUAUAGUCUAACUGUGCUAACUUGAGUCGUAGGCAAAGUGUACGACCUAGACCUAAUAACAAUGGCUCGAUCAGCUCUGCGGAGGUUGAUGGCCGAAUAUAAGCAGUUAACUUUGAAUCCACCAGAAGGAAUAAUUGCUGGUCCAGUCUGUGAGGAAAAUUUUUUUGAGUGGGAAGCUUUGAUAAUGGGACCAGAAGGAACAUGCUUUGAGGGUGGUGUUUUUCCAGCAAAGUUAAUAUUUCCACCUGACUAUCCUUUAAGCCCUCCAAAGAUGCAGUUUACGUGCGAAAUGUUUCAUCCUAAUAUAUAUCCUGAUGGCCGCGUAUGUAUAUCAAUCCUUCAUGCUCCAGGUGAAGAUCCAAUGGGUUAUGAAUCAAGUGCUGAACGAUGGAGUCCUGUCCAAAGUGUGGAAAAAAUAUUGCUUUCUGUGAUCUCGAUGCUAGCAGAACCUAACGACGAAAGUGGUGCCAACGUGGAUGCAGCCAAAAUGUGGAGAGAGGACCGUGAACAGUUCAACAAAAUUACCGAUCGUUUAGUUCGCAAAUCUCUAGGAUUGGCACCGGCUUGAUGUGUGUAACACGAGCAAACAAAAUAAGAGUAAUAAAAAUAUAUGCUGGAUUCUCAUAGUCUAAUGAUCAGACCAAAAUAUUACACUAAGCAUUUGUAUAUGUACUUAGCUUGUAAUCUGACAAAUUGGUUGAAAUUUAUGAUCGGGCAAUUCUAAUGACUCCGAAAGUGAAUAGCAUGCAAAUUAUAUGCAUAAAACCAUUUGAUUAGAAUUUGUUAUUUCACCGAUUUUUACUUUGCAGAGUUAUCACAAUCAAAUAUGGAUUAUUUUCACUACUGAAAUUAUUAAAUGUUUCCCGACAAAACAUUUUACGUUUAAUGAAUUCAGUGUUGUUAUUAUCGUUAUAUAAGAUGGUGUACCGAGCAUUCUUAUGCAGAACAAUUAAAGCUAUUCAACAGUGAAUUUCACAUGAUAUACCGUACACAGUGAGGCUGGUUGGAUUCCCAAGUGUUAAAAGGCAAGCUCUUGCAGCUUAACUGUUAGAUUAGGUUCCCAGAAAGUCUUAUAAUUUAUUGCAAAGUAAAAAGAAAAAGUUAAUGUAUUAUUAGAUUUGCUAAUGGAAGGUAAAGAACUCUGAAACUCUAAUUUCGUUAAUCGACAGUUUUUUUUUAUAAUUAAAGCUUUAGCUGCUUAACUUUCUAAAUACUUGACUUUUUUUUUUUUAUAACAAUUUAGACUGUGAGAGAAAAAAAUAACUUAAUAUUUGAUAAUGUUUCAGUAAUGAAAAUAUUUUGCUAUAAAAACUUUGCCAAAAUGAACUUUAGCUCCUAAUGUAGCAAAAUAUUUAUUUUUGAACAUGUAAAGUAAUGGUACAGGUAAAUAAGCUUCGUAAUGGGAUUUAAUAGUGUUGACUAGCUUUUUUAAUUUAAAGCCUGGUAAGGUUUAUAUAUAUUCAAACUCUUGUUUUAAGGAAUUUAUUUUGCUGUUAGCAUGGUUUGGUUUUUCUUUUAAAAAGGUUUUUGAACUGGAAUGAAAACAUUUUCUACAGAGAUUUGGCAAAGCUUUUCCAGAGCAACUGAAAUAAAUAUUUGUAUUUGAAUUAUUCCAAGUGUACCAGUGUAUAUUAUUGUGACUUAUUUUAAUUAUCUGAUAUUAAUAUAAUUCAGCAAAAUUAUAAGGUUUAGAACAUAACGAUGUCAUGCCUUCCAAUUAUUGAAAAUGAGUAGUGGCGAUUCUGGGGUUGAAAGGAUUUUUGUUUUGUUAUAAAGGAAGUUUUUGGUGUAUGAUACACCAUGCUUUCAUACUGAAGAUACUAAGUGAUCGGUAUAUUAGAUAUAAAACAAUAAUUGAUAUAUAUAUCAUAUUGACAAAGUAUUUUAAGUGUGAAUGUUACUAUUCCUACAAAAUGGUGUGUUUAUAUACUAAUUACCACUAUCAAUACCUAUCUGUGUUUAGGAUUUGUAGUAUACGAACGAGUAACUGAACUGACGAUAUGUAUACAAAGCAACUUAUGUGUGUAGAAAAAGUGGAUGUAUUAAAUGUAGGUUUUGGAUAUCUGUUUAAUUAAUUUCACACACAAGAAGAAAAAGAUUGCUUAGUAACUGAAGUUUGCAUUCAUAUGGUUCAUCUUUAUGAAGACUUUUGAGAUCAAUCUUUUUGUGUCUUUUAAAAACGUAAUCCUUUCUAAGGAAACCACAUGGACUUUAAAAAAAAUCGACAUUUUAUUCAAGAUUUAAAGUUUGUUAUGUCAAAACUUUUAAAUAGGAACAUUAAUCAGUCAUGUUUGUAUAGUUGAAAUAUUUUAAAAUUGAAAUCUGACCAAAAUUAAAUGCUUUAUUUUGUUUAUUAAAAUCUGCGUUAUGGUUUGAGAUUUUGAUUUGUGAUUAUUAUGUUUACUUGUUAUUUGUAUGAGUAUGCAGUUGUUUCUU